ACACACACCUGCCGACACACGCAGUGGUUAUCCAGUCAGUUUUAAGUAAUUGAGAGAUUCAUGUUUUCCUCUCAUUGGAUCUCGGCGGCUGUCUGAGCCGCUGCGUGUCUAAGAGGAGAGGAGGGACUCAAGUUAAAGAGGAAGGUUUCAGUCCGGUUUCCACUCCGAGCAGAACACCCGCGCUGCCUCCUUUCAGAGAGAAAUGGGGUGUAGGCUCCCAAAGUUACGGAAAGCCGAAGAAAGGCGCAGCCCUGGCAACAUCUACUCCACCCUACGAAGGCCUCAGGUGGAAACCCAAGUCGGUGUGGCCUACACCUACCACUUUCUGGAUUUCAUGCUGGGGAAAGAAGAGAUGCCGGUGUCGUCGGUGCUUUGUCUGUCGUCGGUCAGAGAGCUGCCGGUCCAGGUCAGGGAGCUCUACGCUCAGGGUUUCGUCCUGGUUGCUGUGCACCCGUUUGUACACCCCUGUGGCCCUCGUCAUGCACACAUCCAGCGUCAGCUCCACCGGGCCGUGCUGGUCAGAGAAACACAAAGUUCUGAGAAAAGUAACCUGAGGCGGGAUAGAAGUCGCCUAGAGACGGACGUCUGUGUGACCAAUCAACAGGCUGCAGAUCCAGACGUGAUCCAGAACUAUGUCAAAAAGAUCCAGGAUGUGGCAGAACAAGGUGUGAUGUUCGUGGGCUUCCUGCAGCAGCCAGGCGGAGGGCCGUAUUUCUUGGGUCACUGGGACCCCGAGGAUCUAUCGUCUCUCCAUUCAAGCCCGUCGCCAAUACAUCGACACCCUUUCAGCACCAGCACAAGCCCCACAGAUCCAACAGAACCUGAUUCCAACAGCGCAGAAGCUGAUCUCUGCUGCUGUGAAGAUUACAACUCAGUGGAACGUGGCAAACAGGACCAGCACACUUCUGCUCCCAGGGGACAGAAGCACACUCAGAGUUCAGCACCUUCCCCAGAUGAGUUCAGUGACCACAUAGUAACCUCACAGACAGACAUCAGAGAAUCAGCAAGUCAGCCUCAGCAGAAACCAGCAGGAACAUUAAGGCUGCAGGAGUCUGAAUUAGCUAGCGAUGACCAUAACGUCCCUGCAGCUGCAGAGAAAUACUCUAACUGUUCAAAUCGCAGAGAAAAAAGAAGAGGCUCAAGCUCGGACAGCUGCAUGAGCUCCCCGGAGCUGGACCACAGUGAAUCAGGCCGGACAGAUGGGCAGAGCCGGGUGGCUACACAUAACAACAACCACAUACGAGUAAAGAACUCUGAGAAGGACAAGAGGGCUACUUCACCUCCGAGGCAUGCCAGGAUGCAGCUGUUUGCCUUGUACAACCACACAGAAGAGCCGGACACCUCUCCGAGGUUCUACUCUCUCAGGGUGCCACUACGUGUACACAAGGAGGCGGGGCAAAUUACAGAGGUGGACGCCAACUGGCUCGACCACAUGACGCAGCAUUUUAUCAGUGGGGCGAACCUCAUCGAUGGCUUUGUCCACCUGACUAAUGACAACAACGAUAAUGGGGUGUCAUGUGUGGACAGUGUCUUCAUCUUCCAGAGCUCAGCAGAGGAGCCUGCAAACACCUCCUAUGAUGCCAUCGUGGUUGAACAAUGGACUGUUGUAGACGGGGUGGUGGUGAAGGCCGACUACAUCCCUCUGCUGCAGUCACUCGCUCCGUAUGGAUGGAGGCUGAUGUGUGUGCUGCCUACACCCAUCGUCAAGACAAACAGUGACGGAGGUUUGUCGACGAAGCAGAUCCUCUUCCUUCAGAGACCCGUUUUGCAGCGCAAGAGAAAAGACUUCAAGAUGCUGAACCUCCGAGGUCGCAGCAAGGCAAAGAAACAUUCUGCUGGAGAAGCGCUAGACGAGCACGAGAGCAAGUCCCUCGUGGCUGAGACUGAGCUGGACAGGCUGGGCAUCGACACCGAGGAGGAGAGGAAGAGCAAAAGAGCGAGUCUUCAGAGAGGUGGAGAGGAUGCACCACAUCAAAGAGGCUUCUUGUUCCUGUCAGAACGCACGGCUUCUGUGGAGCGUCAGGAAGAGGAAACUGACGUGGACGAGAUCCCACAGGAGAGGUCUGUGAGGUGGACGGAUUUGUGUCUGAGAGACGAUGGAGGCGUAAAGGAGAGGAUCCGGGCGGAGGACAGGAUCAGACAGCAGCUGUUUUCAGGCGUCUGCUGACCUGUUUGGCUCAAAGUGAGAGGAGGAUGAAACCUGGCAGUUAGUAGAGCUGCAGUUUUAGUUCCUGUGGAAGCGCUGGAUGAGCCCCUGCUCUGUGUGUUUUACUGGUUCUGAUGGGAGGAGUGUGAGCAGUGGUCCGAUGGGCUCCAGCUAAUGCCUUAAGUAGUUCCACUUCACAGUAAUGUCUUGUUUUAGACGGGAAAGGUUCCAUUUCUCUCAUCCCACCGUACUUUUCUACAUGCACUGGGGAAAGGAUUUCAUGUUCAGCUGUAGAGCACGAGUGAUGCGUAGAUCCUGCACUUUUUUAUUUGACCUGAUUCACGUUUCAGUUACGAGCUUAAAAACAACUUUGAGUGGAGCCGAGUGAAGAAGGUAGGUGGAAUCCUUUUGGGGUGCUUUCCAGAUGUUUUCAUCGGCCGAGCAGAUCUGGUGCCACGUUCAUGUUAAAUUUUAGUUCUGCUUCUAGAUGAAUAAACAAACCUGUUGAUGUGACGGGAAAAGGUCGCCCUGAUGCUGCUGAAACCAGAGAAAUGAAAGGCCCGGCCUUUUGGGACGCUCGCCACCUCCCAGGCCAGAGUGUUAUGGUGAAAUGUUGGUUAUUGUCUUUUGUUCGGUCCUUAAAACAACGGAGUUGAGGUCUGCUCUCCCCUAGCAGGUAUGUAGUGUACCUGUGUUUGCUGAUAUUGAUAAGCUGCUGCAGUCUAAAAUGUAAUCAACUGUAGAUACUAAUCCAUAAACCUUAAAAAUAACAGAUUACAUAAUCCAGAAAUACGUGAAAAUAUAAACUUGUCUGUGAUUUAUAAACUACUUUGAAAGAACACAAAUCAAAUCUGAACUACAUGGUUUUUAUACGAAUCUAAAUGCAGCAAGCUGCCUAAUCCCAUAUUUACGGUAUUGAUGUAAAACUGUUAAAGCAGCCCGAGGCUCUAAUCGGACACUUCUAGAACUAUUACCUGUUUGACAACGUGAUAACAAAUCAGUAUUUAUUGAUAGUUUGGUGUUUUGUGUCUCUGAAAGGCCAUAACUGCUUCACAAACCCGACAGAUCAGCUGUAGCACCACCCUUUAUCAGACCGGUGAUCAGGAAGCAAAGCAACCAUUUCAGAGGGAAACAUUCUAGAACUUCAAAAUGACGUUUCUUUUUCAAACGAGGGUUUCUCCUGGACCUGAUGAGUGCCGUCGUGUCAGUGGUGUAACAUGUAGGUCAUGAUGUAAUCACACGGUCAAUAAAAGCGUUUUAAAACAAA